GAAACCUUCUAAAACUCUCUGAAGCGAGGCAACUCCGAUCUUGAAGAACAGAACAUCGAACUAGCUUCACGUCGUUUUCAGGUAAAAUGGUUUCGUUGAGAGAAAUAUCAGAGCUACGAGGUAACCAGGGCAGAGAUGGAGAAGAGGAAGCGGUUUUAUCAGUGGAGCCUAUCACGAUGAUAGUGCCGCCUGAGUUGCAGGAUUCGCCGGAAACAAUGGCGCCUGAGGGAAGCGCCAGUUCGAGCGCUAAGGAUGACGAUGGCGACCACCAUUGGCCCAUGAUUGGUGAGUGGGAGAGCAGGACAAUCACGGGCAGGUUGGAGAACCUGCAAAAGGCGCCUAAGGACCUGCCCGCUGGAUUUAGGUUCCGAGCCGCGCUUUAUCAUGAGGUAGCAGACUGCACACCCUCAAUCAGCGGGUACAAAAAAUUGGAAGAUAUAGUGAGGGCGUACCACGUUCCCCGGACAAUACUGUUACGAACAGGCGCACCAAAUGAGAGGGCUUGCAUGGUGUCACAGACGGGCUGGAUCCCAGUGUAUGUGGACCACUUUGACGCCGGCCUGCGGUUUCCCCUGCCCGGAUUGGUGUUCGAUCUGCUGGCGGAUUACGAGCUGGCGCUGACGCAGCUGACGCCAAACAGCAUAAGGUUUAUCAUUGGCUUUAUGCUUUUGUGUGAGCGAUUAGAGGUACCGGCCAAGGCGAUCGUGUUCAGGUCGCUGUUUCAAUGCCAGCUGUGUCCCAACUCCCGAGGCACGAAGUGGUACUACCUUUCCGGGAGAGACAAGAGCCAGUUGUUCAAGAAUGUCCGGAACAAAGUGGCGAGGUGGAAGAGGCAAUUUAUAUUUAUUCGCGACACGCGAACGAAAAGGAUAAGCAGCGACCUCGCUGCCCCGCUAUCCGAGUGGCGUGUGCCCAACGCACACGUCAACUACCCUCAAUUACUGCCACGGGACACAAACCUCAAAAAUCAGCUGCUGGACUAUGCGAGGAGGGAGAAUCUGAUAGAUCUAGACACCCUGGUUACCUCGGAGCAGCUUGCUGUGUUCGGGUUUGUCGAUGUGGCAAACCUGUUCACUGAAGCCGCGCCUCAAUCGCGCAGCUCGUCCCAGCGAGGGUCCAGCUCGGCAUCUAGGCCGCGUGCUGAACACAGAGUUAAGGUUGCGGCCCUGAGUGCACGUAGGCGUGCACACGAGGAGACGGAGAGCGAGGAAGAUGAGGUCCCUCUUGCUCGACGUAGAACAAGCGGGGGGACUCAGCCCGCGCAGGCGGCUCGUCCUGCAACCGUGCGUUCACCCAAUGCGCCGUCAACUACUGCGCGGGCAACAAUCGAGCCUGCCACUACAUCGGCUUCGAUGUCAGGCCCCAGGAUUACUUAUCCUGAGGGCUUCAGCUAUGUGCGGGCGGAGUGCCAGCCCGCCAUGGUGCAAGGCAUGCACAGCUUUGUGCCCCCCAUGGAUAGCAAGCGAGCAAAAGCUUUUGUGCAGCAGCAUGGCGGGCAGGUCGCCAUGAUAAAACUAAUGGAUGUGUUUAACUACGCAGUAGCGCUGUACAAGAGCGAGCAGGGGGCUCGUACAGAAAACCAGGAGCUCGGCUCAAAGUGCAAACAGCUGGCCGCGGAGAAGGCUAGCCUUGUGGAUGAUGUGAAUCAUUUGCAAGGCUUUGAAAUGGCGAACCGAGCUGCGGCUGCAGAGAGCCGAGCGGACGAGCUCGUCAAUAGGAUCAAUGAGCUCAAGGAGGAGCUAGAGCAAGCCCGUGCGGAGAGAGAAAGCGGGAUUCAAGCGGCAAAGGACGAGGCCGCUCGGGUUGAAGAGCGGGCCAAGAGGGCUGAGGACGAGAGGGAUCGUGCUCAGACCGAGUUGGGUUCCCUGAAGUUCCAGGUCGCUGAGGCUGACAAGAACCUCAACGCUACCGAAGAGGCGCUGAACGCAUUGAAGGCAUCUCAUGCGCGCUCCGUUGGUAUUGCCCGAGCUCAAGGGGCAGAAUGGCUGGUCGGCUCGUCCACGUUCCAAGACGCAGUGGCGGUGGCGUCUGCAAACGUAACCACGGAGAUCUACAACGAGAUUCGUGGGAAGGUGCUGCACCACCGCCCAGAUUUUCCAAUUCGCGAGCUAGUGUUCUUUGGCGAGGAGGAGCUUGACGACCAGGGGCGUGCCCGUCUGGCCGCGUCCGUGCUGAAGGACGGGGAAGAUACAACAGGCCUGCCCUCAUUUGACGCAUGGGUAGAGGGUGCUCCUGUAGCUGAGUGGGAGCCUUCAAGCACCCCACCCAACUCUCAGCCCACAGGGGUGCCAGCCAGCUCGCCCGUCCGUGCACCAGUCUCUGAGCCCACAGCCCGGUCUCCUCCAGCUCGCUCUCCUACAGCUGCUGCUGAUGCAUCCAUGCCUGUCGACCUGACGGAUGACUAGACUAGGGUUUUUUCUUUUUGUCUUUUGUAUUUUCUUUUGCUUACUUGUAUUGAUCAAUGACAUUAUAUGUCAUGUACUUCCACUGUAAAUGAUCAUUGAUUAAAUACAAAUUGAAUUCCCUUUUUGAACUUUCUGUGUUUUGAUUUCUCUAUAAAAUGCUAUUUACAAC